AUGCGUGCUUCCACCCGCGUCUCCACGAUCACAGUUCAUGAACUGCGGUUUUCGGUUGACGGCGCUCUCAAAACCACAACCGAAGUGGAUGUGCAAAGAAGUAUGGAAUGUGUCGCCGUCAGUUGCGCGAACUACGGCCUCACCAUCAACAUGGACAAGACGGUGGUCCUGCAUACACCACAGCCCAGUGUUGAUUACAAGGCUCCGCUUAUCAACGCCAAAGGCGUCGGACGCAAAAACCUCUUCGUCGACGACCACCCUUAUCACGGAAGUUCAACUACCCGAUGUCCCGCUGCCCUCACUCGCCGGCACCAUCGUCUCUACUGCGACCCUCCCACUGUACAAAACACCGACUGCCAUGGACACCACAUCUCUAACUCUCAGUACGCCUGA